CCUCCUUCACUCCACCGUUACGUCGCGUUGUCUAGGUACCCCGAACAGCCCGGUGAUAACACAUAACGGAACCUCUUGGGAACUACUUCUUGUGAACUCCUCGUUGUUUGUUUUUCAAACCGUCUGAUCAUGAUGGAUUCCACACUCAUUUCCUCUUCAUCUCGAUCCAUGAUCCAAGGCAUUGCAGGCACUGCCAUCGGACUGUCAAGCGUGCUCGUCAUCGUUCACAUCAUCUCUCGACGCGUUGCAAGAGCGUCGAUAUGGUGGGAUGAUGGCUUGCUAUGGUUGGGUGGCUGCAUGACUCUUGUGAUGAAUGCUCUCUUCAUCCAUGGAGCACAACUCGGCCUUGGUUCAUACGAAGAACAACUAUCAACAUCACAACUCGAAGACAUCUUCAAGAUCCUUUUCACAAACAACUUACUACACCUAUGGGCAUUGGCAGCUGUCAAGGCUUCAUUACUUCUCUUCUUCAACCGUAUGUUUGCCAGCUCCAACAACACUCUUCGUUGGACUGUCUACUUCUCUCUUUGCCUUAUCUUUGUAUGGGUCAUCAUCUUCUCUGCCAUCUCGGUCUUCCAAUGCACACCAGUAUCCUUCUUCUGGAGUAGUGGUGUAAUUGGAAAGUGCAUCACCUCAGACUUCACGUCGAGAACUGCCAUUGCUAUCUGCGAUGCCGUUUUCAACGUGGCUACCGACUUCCUUUGCUUGAUGGCACCUUUCCAGGUACUUCGCAGGCUACAAUUGGCCAACGGUAAAAAGGCUGGCCUUGCUGUCGUCUACCUUCUCGGUGGCUGCAAGGUCGUCAUCACCAUCAUCCGUGUUCUCUACCAGAUGAACACUCCUUACACCUCCUCUUCCGACUCUCUCUACUCAACAUUCGCUCCCACCAUCUUUGUCAUCAUCGAAAUCAACCUCGCAAUCGCCUGUGCCUGCCUUCCUUCUUUCACUGUCAUGGAUGGCCGUGCUAUCUUCGUCAAGACCAAGACCAAGACCAAGAUCGCCUCUCGUUCCAACACUCCCGAGAUCCUCGAGCCUCCCAACUCUCCUUACAGCCGUCCCGGUCAACAAUUCUCGGACACCUCUCUUUUCCUCCAAGAAUUCAAGCGUCAACCUCAGGCCGAGUUCCCCAUUCUCACCACAAUCACCAGCAACGUUUCAGAAGAACCUACUCGUCUGCCCAGCCUCGAACUCGGCAGCUUUGCUCAAUCAUCCGUCUUCGACAUCCUCAAGCCCGCUGGCGGCAUCGUAAAGACCUUGAAUGUCGAACAGACCAUCGAGGAAUUCGAGUCCGUCAGAACUUUGAACGUCGAACAGACGAUUGAAGAGUACGACUACAUCAUGAGACAAGCCUCAUUCUCCAUCGUUUAAUGCCCCCCCUUGUUUUCUUCCUUUCCCCUCUUUCUGUUCAUAACCUUUUUCUUUUGCCCUGUCUUUAUUUUUCAUUUAUACCCCUGUCGUUUUUGGUUGUACGAGGCUGUUUUGGAAGCGAGCGUUGGUACUUUACAUGAUGACAAGCGCGGUGUUCCGGAUGGCUCUUUCCCUUUUUCUUCUUAUACCACCUCCUAUCGUUG